AUGGAGAAUGCAAGCAGCGUGAAGGAAUUCAUUCUUCUUGGACUCUCAGAAAAUCAAGUAAUUCAGAAAACAUGUUUUGUUGUGUUUUUAUUCUUCUAUAUGAUUAUCAUGUCAGGAAAUCUGCUCAUUGUUGUCACUGUAAUGAGCAGUCAACAUCUGAAAUCGCCCAUGUAUUUCUUCCUUUCCUACCUAUCCUUUGUAGAUAUCUGUUACUCUUCUGUCACAGCUCCCAAAAUGAUUGCUGACUUUCUCAUUGAAAAUAAAACCAUCUCCUUUGUGGGUUGCAUAGCACAGCUGUUCGGGGUACAUUUCUUUGGCUGCACCGAGAUCUUCAUCCUCACAGUGAUGGCCUAUGAUCGUUAUACUGCUAUCUGCAGACCUCUCCACUACACCACUCUCAUGACCAGGCGUGCUUGUGACCGGAUGUUGAUCUGCUCAUGGGUGGGAGGCUUUGUGCAUUCCAUGGUGCAAACGCUCCUAACCUCUUUUCUACCCUUUUGCGGCCCCAACAAAAUCGACCACUUCUUCUGUGAUGUCCACCCCCUACUACAACUGGCUUGUACUGACACCUAUGCUGUGGGCAUCAUUGUUGUUGCCAACAGCGGAAUGAUAGCUCUGAGCUGUUUCUUCAUCCUGGUCGUGUCCUACAUUGUCAUCCUGGUUUCCUUGAAAAGACAAACAUCCGAAGGGCGACACAAGGCCCUCUCUACUUGUGGGUCCCACAUCACUGUAGUGAUUCUGUUCUUCGGGCCAUGCACGUUCUCCUACAUACGCCCAUCCAGCAAUCUGUCAGAGGACAAGAGUGUGGCAGUGUUUUACACUGUCAUCACACCCAUGCUGAACCCACUCAUCUAUACACUCAGAAAUGAGGAAGUGAAGAGUGCCAUAAAAAAACUAAAAAAAAAAUUGCUCUCUACUUCCCAUCAAUGA